AUGAGCGACGCGACAUUUGUCUCGGACCACGACAUACUGGUUUUUGUCCCGAAUCGCGGCUGCCUCGAAGUGGUGUCUGUCUUCGACGAGGAGCUCCUUAGACGGGAUUCUCUCGCGAUUGUGGCACGCUUCCAUUUGCCCGCCCUUCGAAGUGACUUUACAUACGCGGAUCCGGUUAUGUGGGGACGCCAAAUCCUUGGCUCUUCAGGCGAUGGCAUUGCGAUUGCGACUGCUAGGGUCAGACGGGGUUUGCUCCUCGACGCUUUCGACAUUGUUGUCCGCAUACCGGACUUAUUGCGCGAUGCACACAAGCGCUGGAACACGUCUUGCGGGAUACCGGAAGCAUCAUGGAGGGAUUGGGGACCGGCGUACGCUUACAUGUUCAAUCACGGCGUCAUCGACACCAUCGCCCUCUCGAUCUCAGGAUAUCGAUUGGCUCGCUCUGCGCCCCUCGUCUUCGGUGACGAAGAUUUAGACGGUCCAUCAUGCGUUUAUGUGCUGGACUUUAACCCCAAAACGACGGCGAGAGCAUUGCAGGAAGGAGAACAUAACGUGUACACGGAGCUAUCCCGUACGCGAGUUGGGUUCUCGCUACUAGGCCUCACCACGCCGCCUGUUGGAGAGGCGCGCUCGUGUUUAGUCACGGGGUCGUAUCCCCGUCAUAGGGCCGGUAGCCCGUUCGCUGAUGAUAUACGUGCGCUUGGGCCCUUGCGGGUUACGAUGCGGUCAUAUCCUACGCGCUUUAGCACAGCUGUACUCGACGAGGAUCAUCUGAUUGCCAUGGCGAGUAUUCUGUCCCUGUUCAUGGCGAGUACUGACCGUCCGAAGUCUGUCUUUCAGAAGGUUGAUGGGUCGCAAGAGGCAGUGGGGUCCAUCUAUUCCUUGUAA